AAGGAAUACGGCCCAUAACUUCUUCCCCUCCCUAUCCAAUCCAAUGCUGCGAAUCACCCGCACCGACCGCCCAAUCGCCUCGCCGCCAUGACAACGGCGGUGGCCAUGGAGCUGGCGCCGCUCCUGCGGGCCGGCACCGGCGCGGCGGCGGCCGCAUCCUCCUCCUCCUGCUCGCAGCGAAUCCCGCUCCCGCGUCGAAGAGCUGUCGGUGCUAUCAGGGCGUCUCCGGCGUCCGGUCGGUCCGAGGGCGCCGGCGAGCUCCCCGCUCCGCUCCUGCCGAACGCGCGGCGGCGGGGGCGCGACCCCCUCUGGCACGGAGGCGGGUUCAGCCUCGGUGUGGACCUCGGUGAUGCUCGCACCGGCCUCGCCGUCGGGAGGGGUAUCACCCUCCCUCGCCCCCUCACUGUUCUGAAGCUGCGCGGGCAGAAGCUGGAGGUGACGCUGCUCGACGUGGCUCGGCAGCAGGAGGCCGACGAGCUCAUCAUCGGGCUUCCCGUGUCGGCCGAUGGGAGGGAGACGCCGCAGUCCAACAAGGUGCGGAGCGUUGUCGGGAGGCUCGCCGUCCAAGCGGCCGAGAGGGGCUUGAGGGUAUAUCUGCAGGACGAACAUGGAACUUCGAUUGAUGCUCUUGAUUACAUGAUCUCCAGGGGUGUCAAAAAGUCUGCACGCUAUGUCAAAUCUGAUGCGUAUGCUGCUGUGAUGAUAUUGGCGAGAUAUUUCAAGUCAUCAGGUCAAGGGGCUCAGAUUGUUCUUCCCAGGCAACAAGAAUUACAGGACAAUUUAAUAGCUCACUCUAGGCGGGAUGCUGAAAUUUAGGAAGGCAUGUCUUGUACUUUCUCCAACUGUAGACAACAUAUCCAAUAUAUAUAAUUGACAAGAAACACUUUGUUGUGAUGUUGUCUCAGUGACUUAUUAUGUUUUGGUUUUACACCUAGAACAAUCAAGGGGAAAUUGGCAGCAACUUCAAUUUCUAUACCACAUCAUCAUCGGGUGUGCUAUGCAUAAAUGAUUAUUCGAGA